AUGUCGUCCUUAACACCCUCUGCAACGUCUGCGGUGGCGGCAGCGUCAUCAUCUGCCGCCAAUAAAACACUAUCAGCGGGUUCCAACCUCAAGAUUGUUGGCAUUAUCCUGGCUAUUACGAGCGGUCUUCUCAUCGGCUCUAGUUUUGUAUUCAAGAAGAAAGGUCUACUUCGCUCGCAGGCGGGCGGAGAGUUGGGUGAAGGUGUAGCAUAUCUGAAAUCGCCACUAUGGUGGUUAGGGAUGAGCAGUGUGUUCUUGCCAAAUCUCCUUUACUGUUCAUGUCUCAACUCCCUUGCAGCAUAUGCAUUUGUAGAGGCCAUCGUUGUUACGCCGUUAGGUGCACUAUCUGUCGUUGUCUGCGCUAUCUUAUCCUCUAUAUUCCUCAACGAGAAGCUUUCUUUCUUUGGUUGGUUGGGAUGCGCUCUGUGUAUACUCGGGUCUGUCAUCAUUGCACUGAACGGCCCAAAGGAAGAGACUGUCGGCCAAAUAAAAGAGUUCCAGAAACUCUUCCUAGCACCCGGUUUCCUAGCCUUCAUCUCGGUCCUGAUAGUCACCUCUCUCGUCAUUGUGUUCUAUUUUGCUCCAAAGUAUGGCAAAAAGAGCAUGCUGUGGUAUAUUGCUGUGUGUAGUAUGAUUGGUGGCAUCUCCGUCAGUGUCACCACUGGUCUCGGGGCGGCCAUUGUACAAACAGCCAUGGGCGACAAUCAGUUCAAGCACUGGUUUAUGUAUUUCUUGUUCGGAUUUGUGGUUAUUACCCUAUUGGUAGAAGUCUAUUACCUUAAUGUCGCACUUGCUUUGUUUAAUACUGCUAUGGUAACGCCAACAUACUAUGUCGUCUUCACCUUCUUCUCAAUGGUUACAACGAUCGUCCUCUUCCAAGGUCUCGAAGCCAGCCCAACACAAAUUAUUACCCUAGUGAUGGGCUUCCUGGUUAUCUGUCUAGGCAUUACGAUUCUUCAGAUGUCGAAGGUCGAUCCCGAGAAACUCUCUAACAAGCUCGAUCGACGAUCAACAAUGUUGCUGCGCGCGGCAAGUGUCCACACAGAUCAUAUGGAUGAGAAGGGCGGAAUGAGUGCAUACGAGGAUCCGGGAAUGGAUGCGCUGAGAGGGUCCUUUGGCACAGUGGGUAGCAUCAUCCGGGCGAGGACAGUCAAGCGAAUGAGUCAACGGAUGAGCCAUCAAAGCGGCGGAAGCCACCUGCGCAUGCGUCCGCCUGGUGCUGCUGCGCCGUACGACGCUACCACAUCAUGGAUGAGCUCAGCAGGCCUCGGUCCAGGAGACAGCCUCAACCGGCGGCAUGGCGAAAGCAUGAUCGGCGGGAUGCAACGACAUCAGUUGUACGAUGCUCCGGUGCCUAGAGAUGACGCUUCGUCGAUACGCGCAGGAUCUGUGUACUCCCAGAAUCAGACCCAGUCUCAAUUGAUGAGCAAGAAACCAACGAUCAAGUUCGACAGCCAGGAGAUCGUGCACUCAUAUAGUCGGCCUGGGCAACCGCAGAGUCCAGCAACGCACGAGCACCGCCAGGCUAUCCAUGGCUCUAUGAUUGUUCACGAUGGGUAUCCCCCGCUGCCACCACUACCUCCACAUUCAACGCCGGACCCAUCACCACGGGCAAGCGCCGUUCCUGAGGCUAGCUCAACAACAGCAGGUGAAGGUGUUCUGUUUGAAAUGGACAGCCCUGAGAUUCCACGAGGGACAGCUGGGAUGAAGCUACCCCUGCUAGGCGGCGACAAGGAUCUGGAUGAUAAUCAGACACUGCUUAUGCCGCCAUUAUUGAGGAACGAACAUACAGUGCACAGCGCACCUCCGACGAUGUACCGUGUCGUGCCCCGGCCUGGUGCUGUGGGUAUGGCUCAUCAACAGCAUCAACUACCUACGAGGAAGGAUUCGCGAGAUAUCUUUGACCAAGAGCGCUUGAGCACAGUUGCCACGAGAGGGACUUUGCUCUCUUUCCCUUCUGUGACGGACUCUUCACCUAGUGACUGGGAAGACGACUUUUCACGAGCCGAUGCUCCUAGUGAAACCUCCCGGCCAGGUGGGUUGGCCGGAAAGGCUAAGGAAGAUAAGGCCAGGGAUCGGUCGAAGGAAAAAGGUUCACGGACACCGAAGAGAUACCCCAAGGGUCUUGAUGAUGAUGACUUGGAGGAGAGCCAGCGACUAUGGCAAAAGGCGACGAGCGCGGAGAACAGCCUAGAAAAUUCAGAAGAAGGGACAAUCUUACCACCCCCGGAAGGCAGCAUACGACUGGUGCAACCGCGGAAAAACAUGAUUUAG